AUGGGAAUCCUCUCGUACGUCUGGCCCUUUGGCUCGUCUAGUGCUGCCAGCACGACACCCGACGGCCGUCGCGCCGACGCCAUUCGCACCGGAGCUGCCGUGCCCUCGCGCGCCGAACGCCAGCGCUGCUGGGACAGCCGAGAUGGCCUGUUUGCCUGUCUCGACCGCAACAACAUCAUCGACGCGGUCGAGCCGGCCGGUGCUGCUGCUGCUGCUGCCGCCUGCGGCCCCGAAAACGCACAGCUUGAACGCGACUGCGCCGCGCAAUGGGUCGCUCACUUUAAAAAGUACCGUGUCGCCAACUACCAGAAGGAGCAACGGCUCGCCGCCCUUCGUGCUCAGGGCGCAAACGAGAUGCAGAUUCAAAGCGGCCCAGGCGACCGGUAA